ACACCAUGGCAUUCGCGAGGACUGCAGCUACGGCUGCUCUACGGAGAACCGUGGGCACAGCAUCCAGCAGAAGCGCACGCAGCUUCACGCAGGUGGCCGGCCAGCCGAUCCGACGAAAAGCACAACCAGCGUUCGUCGCUGCUGUGAGAUGGCACUCUGCUCCCGCAGGCAGCGCGAAGGUGUACGACUUCAGCCAUGUCAAGAAGCUGAGCGAGUCGCCUUCGGGGGAGACCAUUCUCGUUGAUGUCCGCGAGCCGUCCGAGUACCAAGCAGGCUACAUUCCCGGCGCCAUCAACCUGCCCAUCAAAUCGCAACCCGAUGCGCUGUUCCUGCCUGAGGAGGAAUUCAUAGACAGGUUCGGAUUUGACAAGCCGCCAAUGGACAAGGAAGUCGUCUUCUACUGCAAAGCAGGCGUGAGGAGCAGCGCCGCAGCACAACUGGCACAGCAGCAGGGCUAUCAGAACAUUGCCGAAUACAGAGGAAGUUGGCUGGAUUGGGAGAAAAAUGGCGGUCCGACAAGCAAGCCUUAGACUGGCACAGCGGGUCAAGACGAUCGAGGCGCAUGUACAGCAGAUAUGCCGUGCCCACAAGACCCAUCACCCGAGCAAGAUGUUGUAGAAUCAUUUCAGAGGGCCAGUGUUGAACUGGCGACCUAUAUUGACAGCGUCAGCCUUCGACCAAUCCGCCCAGUACCUCUGACCGGUC